UAGUCCUGCCUCCCUGCAUCCCAGAAGAGCCACGUCGGCCUGCCUUUCCGUGUUGGAUUUUCCAAAACAGCUCUUCGGUUUUUGGUGCUGUAGGAGACCUUGCUUUUCAAUCACACGGGAGAACACUGAAGCUUGUAAGAGGAGAAUCUGGCAGCUGGACACAGCUUGGACUGCAUUGUCUGUCUUCAUGACCUCUGCUGUGUAGCAGCUCAUCUCUCCACUCUCACACGUACACUCUCCUCGAUUUUUCUUCCUUCCUUUUUCUCCUUUCUUCUAAUUUUUAAAAGCAGCCUCUGGAGCCAGCCAUGUUUGGCACUGAAUCUUCAUUGAGCAUGUUUUUGAACACAUUAACACCGAAGUUCUACGUGGCCCUGACAGGCACUUCCUCACUAAUAUCAGGGCUUAUUUUGAUAUUUGAAUGGUGGUAUUUUCGCAAGUAUGGAACAUCUUUCAUUGAACAAGUCUCAGUAAGCCACUUGCGCCCCCUUCUGGGAGGGGUUGACAACAACUCCUCCAACAAUUCUAACUCCAGUAAUGGGGACUCAGAUUCCAACAGGCAAAGCGUCUCAGAAUGCAAAGUAUGGAGAAAUCCACUAAAUUUAUUUAGGGGUGCUGAAUAUAAUCGGUACACUUGGGUGACUGGACGAGAGCCUCUGACUUACUAUGACAUGAAUCUCUCUGCCCAGGACCACCAGACAUUCUUUACUUGUGACUCGGACCAUCUGCGUCCUGCAGAUGCAAUAAUGCAGAAAGCCUGGAGAGAGAGAAACCCCCAAGCUAGGAUUUCUGCAGCCCAUGAAGCCUUAGAGAUAAAUGAAAUUAGGUCCAGAGUUGAAGUUCCCCUAAUUGCUUCCUCUACCAUCUGGGAGAUAAAAUUAUUACCAAAGUGUGCAACUGCUUAUAUUCUCUUGGCUGAAGAAGAAGCAACAACCAUUGCUGAAGCAGAAAAGCUGUUUAAGCAGGCCCUGAAAGCUGGAGACGGCUGUUACCGGCGUUCUCAGCAGCUACAGCAUCAUGGAUCCCAGUAUGAAGCCCAACAUAGACGAGACACCAAUGUCUUGGUCUACAUCAAAAGAAGGCUAGCAAUGUGUGCCAGAAGACUCGGGAGGACCAGAGAAGCAGUGAAAAUGAUGAGAGAUUUAAUGAAGGAGUUCCCUCUCCUGAGCAUGUUCAACAUCCAUGAAAACCUUUUAGAAGCCCUUCUGGAACUACAAGCAUAUGCUGAUGUUCAGGCAGUCUUAGCAAAGUAUGAUGAUAUAAGCUUACCAAAGUCGGCAACAAUAUGCUACACAGCGGCCUUGCUCAAAGCAAGAGCUGUCUCUGACAAAUUCUCUCCCGAGGCUGCAUCUCGGCGGGGGCUGAGCACAGCAGAGAUGAAUGCAGUAGAGGCCAUUCAUAGAGCUGUGGAAUUCAAUCCUCAUGUGCCAAAAUACCUCCUAGAAAUGAAAAGCUUAAUCCUGCCCCCAGAACAUAUCCUGAAGAGAGGGGACAGUGAAGCAAUAGCGUAUGCAUUCUUCCAUCUGGCACAUUGGAAGAGGGUAGAAGGGGCUUUGAAUCUUCUGCAUUGUACAUGGGAAGGCACUUUUCGGAUGAUCCCUUAUCCCUUGGAAAAGGGGCAUCUAUUUUAUCCUUACCCCAUCUGUACAGAAACAGCAGAUCGUGAGCUGCUUCCAUCUUUCCAUGAAGUCUCAGUUUACCCAAAAAAGGAGCUUCCCUUCUUUAUUCUCUUUACUGCUGGAUUGUGUUCCUUCACAGCCAUGCUGGCCCUUCUGACACAUCAGUUCCCGGAACUUAUGGGGGUCUUUGCAAAAGCUAUGAUUGACAUUUUCUGCUCGGCAGAGUUCAGGGACUGGAAUUGCAAGAGUAUUUUCAUGCGUGUUGAAGAUGAACUGGAAAUCCCACCGGCACCUCAAUCUCAUCAUUUUCAAAACUGAACUCAUCACCCUUCUUCCCCCACCACCAAAACUGCUCCUUCUCCUGUAUUCCUGAUCUCCGCCAGUGGCACUGACAUCCACCCAGUUACUCAAGCCAGAAACUCAGCAGCCCUCCCAAACUCUUCCCUCUCUCACUCCUUAUAUCCUGUCUGUCUUGGCUUUCACAGUCUGUCGGCUCUAACCUCCUGAGCCACUAGGCAUUCGGUAAAUGUAAUUCACCUCUUCUUCCCUUCCUUCUUCUCCCAUGGCUGUCUCUUAGUUUGGAUCUUUGUGAUUUCUUGCCUGGACACCUGCAAGAGUCUUAACUGGUCUCCUUGCUUCCAGUCUUAUCCUCUGCCAGUAUUUCUUUCAUACUGACACAAGAAUGAUCUUUCUAAAUUGCAAGUCUGAGCAUGUCACUUCCCUGCUUGAAUUUCUCCAGUAGUUUCCCACCAGCAUCAGGAUAAAGUCCCAGAUCUUUAGCAUGGCAUACAAGGUCCUUUAUGAUCUGGCCCUUGCUUUCCUCUUCAGCCUCAUCUGUCUCCCAACUCUUGCACAGACACUGCUCUUGGGCCACAGUGAAUUACUCACCAUUCCCAGAUGCUUUUGUGCGCCUCGGUGCCUUUGCACGUACUAUUUGCUCUGCAUGGAAUGCCCUUCCCCAUUAUCAUCAGCACUUGUACAGUCUACUAACGCCUCUUCAUUCUUUUAUACUCAGCUUCCUUUCUAAGUUUCUCCCAAGCUGAGUUAGAUGUUUCUCCUCUCAGCUCCCACAGUAUUCCAUGAAUACCUAUAUUACGUUUAUUGUACUGUAUUAUAAUUGUUAAAAACUUGUCUGACCCCCUUGUAGAAUGUGAGCUCUUUGCGAGCAGGACUGUGUCUUCCUCAUCUCUGUAUCCCCAAAGCUUUGCACAGUGCCUUGCACAUAGUAGGUUUUCAAUAAAUGAUUAUUAAAUAAAUAAA